AUGAUUGUUUUUACUGUAAUUUCGGGUGCGAAAAACGAAGAUCCUUUAUGCUAUGUUGUAGAAGUAGACGACGAAGUACAAAUAAUGCUAGAUUGUGGUUGGAACGAUGAAUUUAAUGUCGAAGACUUGAAAAAUCUGAGAAGAGUCGCGAAACAAGUGGAUGUACUUCUACUUUCACAUCCUGAUUUACAGCAUUUAGGAGCAUAUCCAUAUGCUUACGGACAUUUUGGUCUUUCAUGUCCAGUUUAUGCCACAUUGCCAGUUUUAAAUAUGGGAAAAAUGUGUUUAUAUGAUGUUUUUCAAUCAAAAAUAAAUGAGUCAGAAUUCGAUACUUUUGAUUUAAAUACUGUUGAUACUGCAUUUGACCAAAUUCAUACGUUGAAAUAUUCACAGCCCAUAUCGUUAGGAGUCAAAUUCAAGGGUAUUACGAUUACAGCGUAUGCAGCAGGACACACAAUAGGUGGUACAAUAUGGAAGAUAAAAAAGGAUGCUGAGGAGAUUGUGUACGCUGUUGAUUAUAAUCACAAGAAGGAAAGGCAUCUUGAUGGUACUGUCUUACACAAAGAUGGUGUAGUUCUUGAUGCUUUGAGUCGACCUACUUUAAUGAUAACAGACGCGUACAAUUCUCUUAUAGUUCAUCCUGCAAGGAAACAUCGUGAUACUGCUUUAUUUGAAACAAUAAUGACAACUUUACAAGAUAGUGGAUCAGUGUUAUUACCAACAGAUUCAUCUGCAAGAGUUUUAGAAUUGGCAUAUUUGUUAGAUCAACAUUGGGCAUUUCAUCAAGUUUCAUAUCCUCUGAUAUUCUUAAGUCAUCAAAGUUAUAAUACAAUAAAGUAUGCAAAAAGUAUGUUGGAAUGGAUGAGUGAUGCUAUCAAUAGACAAUUUGAUAACAAAAGAGAAAAUCCUUUUGAAUUUAGAUAUCUUCGAUUAUGCACGCGUUACAAAGAAUUAUCAAAAUAUCCGGGACCUAAAGUUGUUAUAGCAAGUAACGUUAGCUUAGAAACAGGAUACGCUAGAGAUCUAUUUUUAGAAUGGGGAACAUCACCCGAUAAUGCUGUAAUAUUAACUGAUCGGGGACCACCAUAUUCUUUGGCAAGAAAAUUAUAUUACGAAUGGGAGAAACGAAGUGAUGAAGAUACUAGCAAUAUCGGACCCGUGAAACCUGCUGUUUUGUUGGAUUUACCUAUGUCUCUUGAGAUAAGGAAAAAGGUUCCGUUAGAAGGUCAAGAGCUUAUAGAUUAUAUAAGUGAUCAACGUAAAAAGCAAGAGCGUGAAGCAGCACAAGCGGCUCUUAUCGCUAAAUCACGUUCUAUAAUUGAGGAGGAUGAAACUGAUGGAUCAGAAAGUGAACUUGGUGAUAAUGAUAUAGAAGAAUUACUUUCCACACAAUUUGAUCUUUAUGUUAGGGAUGCAACUAAACUUGGAGGUUUUUUUAAACAAACUCAAAGUUACUUAAUGUUUCCAUAUAUCGAAAAGAGGAAAAGAUACGAUGAGUACGGUGAAAUCAUCCAAGCAGAUCAAUUUAAAAAUAAAGGAAUGGAAGGAUUAGGACUCAUGAUUGAUGGUGAGAAUGGCGAUAGAAUGGAAGGUGAUAGCGAUGAUGAUUCUGAUAAAGCAGAUCAAUCGACUGUUGAUUCAAAUGUACCGACGAAAUAUGUAUAUUAUGAUGAAGAAAUACACUUCCAAUGUCAAUUAAGAUUUAUUGAUUUAGAGGGCACAAAUGAUGGCCGAUCGUUGAAAACAAUUGUGCCUCAAGUUCAACCAAGAAAAUUGAUAGUUGUCCACGCAUCAUAUGAAGCAACUAAAGAUUUUAAGUCGAGUUGUUCGGCUCUCCAAUCAAUGACACGUGACAUAUAUACACCCGAUGUCGGUGAAUCAUUGAAUGUUUCUGAGGCCAUAAAUUUCUAUCAAGUUAAAUUAACUGAUUCAUUGGUCAGCUCAUUAAGGCUUUCAAAGUUGGAAGAUUACGAUAUUUCAUUCAUAUCUGGAAAAAUACAUCUUCCCCCAGAUUCGUCAUUUCCCAUACUUGAUGUAAUGCCAAUUGAAGAGUAUGCGGCCAGUGAUAAUCCUGUAUUCGUAGGUGAAAUUAAGCUUACAGAAUUGAAACGGGUACUGCAAUCGGAAGGAAUUACUGCGGAAUUUAAAGGUGAAGGUGUCUUGGUUUGUAACGAAAAAGUAGCCGUUAGAAAAACACCAACUGGACAAUUAACCUUAGAAGGCUCUUUAUCAGAUGAUUAUUUUAAAAUACGUUCGAUAAUAUAUGGGCAACAUGCUAUUUUGUAA